CCCCGGCUGCCCGGCUGCAGUUCAACCCGCCCGUCUGUAGGUGCCCCGUGCAUUGACCAUGCACCUGCGAGCCGAGGCCGGCGUGUGCCCGGGCCGCCGCCCCGCCGGGCCCCUGUGGAUGUGCUCCCUCUUUUGGGGAUGUAUCGUCAGCUCCGUGUGGACUUCCUCCAACGUGGCUUCUUCUGCCUCCUCCGCGGUUCAGGCUCCGCACGAGCAUCACUUCCACGGCAGCAAGCACCACUCCGUGCCUAUCUCCAUCUACCGCUCCCCGGGCUCCCUGCGCGGAGGACACGCUGGUGCCACGUAUAUCUUUGGAAAAAGUGGAGGCCUCAUCCUGUACACCUGGCCAGCAAAUGACAGACCAAGCACGAGGACAGACCGUCUUGCUGUAGGCUUCAGCACAACUGUGAAAGAUGGCAUCCUGGUUCGAAUUGACAGUGCUCCUGGGCUUGGUGAUUUUCUGCAGCUGCACAUA